AGAGAAAGCAAGCUCAGUAAUCAAGAGGAAGAGAAAGAUCGUUGGCUUGCGGGAAAUUUUUGAUGCUGUUUGUGUUUAAAACAUAGCCGGAAAGAUAUGGCGGGUUAUGAUCAACGGUGGCUGAGACUUUUUCUGUUUGCCGCUCUGGUUUUGGCAUGUUUGGUGGCAGCAACCGAUGCAGGACGUCAUUCACGUUCACAUGCCAAUUUGACGGCCUGCCAGCAUUUGCGACGCUCGGUAAAUAGACGCUCCAAGACCUUCAGGGUGCGUGUGCCAAGAUGUGAUAAAUCCGGUCGCUUUGAAGAGAUCCAAUGCAUGAGUGCAAAGCGAGGUGAAGAUUGUUGGUGCGUCGAUGAGUAUGGUGUAGAGAUUCCCGGAACCCGAAAUGCCAGCAAAAAGGAUGUACAAUGCAGAGAACCGGAAAAUUGUCCCGCCUCAGCUUGUCGCAUGUUCUGCCCGUCGGGUUUUGCUAGGGAUCCCGAAACUGGGUGCACGCAAUGCCGUUGUCGUGAUCCCUGCGAAGGUCACAACUGUCCCAAUGGCCAAUCGUGUCAGCUGGUUGAUGUCAAGUGUAAAUCUGAGCCUUGUCCCCCCGUGCCGACAUGUAAAAAGGCGCGUUCCUUAGGCAACUUCUGUCCAGCUGGCCUUCCCUUGGCUAUAGAGGAUGGUAGCACCAGCAUGAGACCAUUCCUGUGCGGCUUGGAGGAAGGCAAGCCACAGUGUCCUCCCCUCUAUAAAUGUAUGGUGGAGGGUGGUAAUGAUUAUGGUGUCUGCUGCCCCAGUGCUUUGAGAUUCAAUAAGCCCGGUGUAUGUCCAGCGCCUGAAACCGAACAGUACAGUCCAACCACUGGUCACCUGUGCGGUACCCCCUGCACCCAUGACCUAGAAUGUCCAAAUAUGGCAAAAUGUUGCUUUACCUCGGGAUGUCAAUACAAUUGCCAACAGCCUCAUAAUGUCACCAACUGUCAACAGGUAAAGGCCAUGUCGGAGAUGUUGAGUGUCAAUGAACGUGAAGGACGAGGUUAUGUACCAGAUUGUAGUGGCCCGAAUAGUAUGUUUGCACCACGACAAUGUUCGCGCAAUGGUUUGGUGUGCUGGUGUGUGGAUCCUCGCACCGGUCACAAGAUCAGUGGCAGCAUGGGAGCUGCCACCACUGUCAAUUGUGAGGGUUGGGAGAAUAUGAUCAGCCGUUCGGAAAUGGGACGCAGUUUUAGUGAAAAUAAAUGUGACACUAAUAUUUGCGCAGCGGUAUGCGAAUAUGGAUUUAAGAACGACCACAACAACUGCCCCACCUGUGAAUGCUCUGAACCUUGUGAUGGUUUCAAAUGUCCUAUUGGCUCUCAAUGUGAAGUUGCCACAGAUCCCAUGUGUAAAUCAGGCUCUGCCUUAUGUGCCUCCUGGCCCAUCUGCAAACCCACAUUGGCCUAUUCGAAUCCCUGUGCAGUAGGUACACCAUUGGUGGACAAUGUAACCAGUGAAGUAAUGUUUUGUCACAAGGAACGUCAAGAUUAUGGCCGAGAAAUACAAUCGUUCUUUGAUGCCGUACCCGAUGCCACAUCAUCGCGUUCCAUGUCGAACAAAAUUAUAUGCCCCAGUGCUUAUGUGUGCACAAAACUUCGCGGCGAAGCGGAAAGUGUUUGCUGUCCCACGGAGAUGAAUGCAGGAAAGCCAGAAGGACAUCAACAAACAAUGUGUGAAUAUCUUCGAGACUUUUCGCAGAGAAUGGAAGGCACCGAAGAAGGUAUGAAACUAGCACUACCUACACCACGCUGCACGGAAGAAGGCAACUAUGAAAGUCGUCAAUGCACAUAUCGCAAAAUCAAAGUCACACGAGCAGAACAGCGGAAAAUUCUCGAAGAGAACACCAUUCGCCGCAUGCGCAUGCUGUUGGCCAGCAAUGCUAGGCCUAAACGCAGCAAACGCGAUACGGAACGUUUAAAGCUCUACAGAGUCGAUGAUAGUUUACUCAAAGUGCAGGUGGCAGCACCUGUUAUGGGUCGCAAUGCCAAAGUCAUAGAUAUGGGUUCAAAUCGUGAACAGAGUCUGGUUGGUCAACUAUUUGAGACCGACUUCAAAAAGGUGGUGCCAGCACCUAAGCGCCCAGUCAACGAUGAGGAAAUCAUUGAAUUGGAUGUAGAGGAAUGUUGGUGUGUAGACAAUUUUGGCACCGAAAUUCCACGCUCUAGAGGCUUCAAUGUUACCGAUGAGUCCUGUGACCAAUUGCGCAAUGACAUCGACUGCUUGGAUUUGACUUGCCGCAUGGGCUGCGAAUAUGGCUUUAAUUUGGAUCCCAUAACACGUUGCCCUGCCUGCCAAUGUCGCGACCCCUGCCAAGAUGUUCUAUGUGGCGAUAAUGAGGAGUGCCGUAUUGUCGAGGUGUCUUGUGAUGAGGAAUAUUGUGCUCCGGUGCCAGCAUGUUUGGCACGAAAACCCGGACAAUGUCCUUAUCUGGUGCCUCCGGGGCCGGACAAUGUCGACACUAAUGCAUGCGCCUACGAAUGCCGCACUGAUUCUCAUUGUGAGGGUGCCAAGAGAUGCUGUUCCAAUGGUUGUGGUACCCAAUGUGUUUUGCCCCAAAUGAAGACGGCCUGUCAACAUCUGCAGGCCAUACAAAUGCAUCAGUCCUCGGAACUGGGCAUACCUGUAAAGAAGAUGAACAUUUCCCUGUGUGACUUAGAGACGGGCGAAUGGAAACAGAUACAGUGUUCACCCAAUGGCUUUUGCUGGUGUGUUAAUGAACACGGACAAGAGUUGAAUGGCACUCGUGUCAAAGGCUCUAAUCCUGUGUGCGUAGAGAACUCGGCCUAUCAAUGUCAACCGUUGAGCUGUAAAUCUACGCUGGAGUGUGAGGCAGGCUAUAAGGUCGACGAAAAUGGCUGCCAGACCUGUGAAUGCAGAGACUUUUGUGCCGAAAUCAAUUGUGCGGCUGAUGAGGAUUGUCAGCUAAUCAAUGUCGAGUGUGUGGACAAGCCCUGUCCCAAAAUGCCUAUAUGUGUGCCCAGAAGAGAGUCGGUCUGCCCUGAGGGUGUUCCUCUAAAACAGAGCAGCGUCGAGGUGAGUUGUGGGCCUCACAGCGAAAAUGAUUCGUGUCCCAGUUCUCAUACCUGCCAAUUGAAUCCGGUGACCAAUCGAGGAGUCUGCUGUACCAAGACCAGGGAUGUUUGCUUUGAAUCCAUGGACCAUAUGUGCCUGGCCAAGGAAUCUGCCUUGCAGAAUGCCACACGUUACCGCUUCAAUCCCAAGGCCAAUCGCUGUGUGGCCGUGACAAUUGAUUUGCAGGGCAACAGCUGUCAGACCAAAAAUCUUUUCCAUAGUGAGACGGCAUGCAACUCCGUAUGCCCAGCAUUGACCCAAUGCGAAAGACUAAAACUGAAAAAUACUUUGGCGGCCCAGAGAACCGGCCACUCAUCGGUGUGGUUUAAGCCCAGAUGUGACCCCAUAACUGGCCACUGGAGUCCAGUGCAAUGUUUGGGCAAACAACCCGAUCUAAAUGGUUUGAGCGUGCCCUUGGAUCAGGCUCCCUCACCCUAUGGAGUAUGCUGGUGUGCCGAUAAGAAGGGUGCUCCUUUGAAGGGCUCGCUUACCCGCGACAUAGAACCGGUGUGUAACAGUCGCCAGGGCAGAAGGUUUAUGCAGCAGGAUUCCAAUGAAUUUGUGGUGAUGGAAGAACUUAUACGACAAAUGACAGUGCUAACGGAUUUCGACAAUUUCCUGGACUCAGAAGAGGAAGAAGAGAGGAAGCAAAUGUUUGACUUGGGCCCAAUUGAGGCUAGAGCUCAUGAAGUGGAUGUGAGAGAGCACGAAAACAGCGAUUCAACCACCGCAGCAACUUCAAUGCCAUCCCAUCUGCUAGCCGAUGAACAUCGUGUAGAGUUGGCCAACUCCCUGCUGGAUUCUCAGCUGGUGGUGGAAUCGGUGAAACCCAUACGCGUUAAGACCACCCGCUGCCGCUCAUUGGCCCAAAGUGCCCCAUUUCCGGUGUCCUGCGAUGAAAACGGUGCCUUCAGCCCCAUUCAGUGCAACAAAAAGUACUGCUGGUGUGUUGACUCCGCCGGUAAUCAGCUGGACUCCUCGCCCAUGUUCGAAAAGGGCGAACACAACUGCACUCCCACACCCAUUUCCAAAGUCAUAGUGGAAAUGCAUUUGCAAAAUAAUACCGGUACCGCGGUGCACAAUAUCUACGAUGCUAUACGCAAUGAACUCACCCAACUUCUGGGACGCCAAGUGGAAAAUUUGCGAGUACAAGAGUUCCCCGAUGGCACAGCCUUGGUGCACUUUGAAUUGCAUGAUGAGGACAAAAUCGACGUGGCCUUUGCCAUUGAGACCACCAUAACGAGUGGUGAUUUCAAAUUGGCCGGAGGCCAUUAUAGCACUGAUAUUACACGGACGCAAUUUAUACAUCGUCGCGAGGAGUUGCCCACCUAUGCCAAAGUGGUGACAUCGCAUGAAGGCACCAUUCAGCUGGUCCUGUUCAUUACCGCCACCAGUACCACCCUUCUGAUAUGUGUCUUUGUGGUCUACAUUAUGUUGAAGAGGGGCAAGGAGAAGGUGGCCUAUUAUGAAAGUGCUGCUGCAGUGGCUGGUGCCGCUCCUCCACCUUAUCACUCGGGCAAAACAAGUCUGGCACUCGAUCCAGAGUUUGCUUCGCCCAUAUUUGUUCUAAGCCCGGAACAUGAUUUGGAAAGUAUUCGACCUCCAUUGGAGAACAUCAUCAAGAGUAAACAGCAGACGGCGAAGUCAUGUUGAAUGUUCCAAAACAAUGGAGGAAGCUUAGUGUGUAGUGAAAAGAAAGCCAGAUUGAGAAUCUUCAAAGCUUUUUGUUUGUUUUUAUAUUUUUGUAAAUAAAUAUUUUAUUAUUAUUAUUAUUAUUAUUG